AUGUUAUGUCCAUCAAAUAAUUCUGCUCUUCAACUUAACAAAUAUUUCGUUGAAAAAGUAAUACCAAGGAAAAAUGCAAUUGAUAGAGAUGUUAGAGAAAUAUCAAAAGUUGUUACGAAAAUAUUACAUGAAGUCGAAGCACCAGAACCAAGAUUUAUUUCAUCAUUAAAUGAAAUAAAUGGUCGUUUUGAAGGACUUACUGUUCAGUCACAAACUGAAUUUGAAGUCGUUCUCUAUUUAAAUCAAAUUGGUGUAUUUAAUUUUGUUGAUGAUGGUUCAAUACCCGGGUGUGGAUGUGGUGGUUAUCAUUAUCGUCGUGCAAAUAAAUCUCAAAUUAUUUGGCGUUGUUGUCGAAAUGACUGUGCUGGUCGUGUACGUUUUGAUGGAACAGGUUAUAUUAAAGUUACGGAUCAUCUUCAUGCACAAAAUCCUGAAGAAACAAUAUGA